CUUUCAGGGCUCAGUGUCCUUUGAGGAGGUGGCUGUGUAUUUUGUGGAAGAGGAGUGGGAGAUUCUGGAUUCCCAACAAAAAGCUUUGCACAGAGAAGUCAUGCUGGAAAAUUCUCAAAACGUAACUGCUCUGGCGGCCUGCGAACAGGAGACAGAAAAUUAUAAGGAGGAGAGCGCAGCACGGUUGCGAACAGCCCAAGAUGAAGCGGAUGAAGAGAUGUUUGAAAAUCAAGAGGAAAUGAACAGUAGUGAAACAACCUGUAACAUAAACGGAAGGCAGGAUUCCUACCCAUCAGGAAGCAUGGAAGCGCACAUCACCCCAUGCGAAGAGUGUGGAGAAGGCAUCGGUGAGAGCAGUGACCUCAUGAAGCACGAAGGAAUCCACAGCGGGCAGAAACCGUACAUCUGCGGGGACUGUGGAAAGAGCUUCUGGAAGAGAGCUCAGUUCAGGAUCCAUGAACGAAUCCACACCGGGGAGAGGCCAUUUAAGUGUGCCGAGUGUGGAAAGGGCUUUACGGUGAGAGGCCGCCUUAUCAAUCAUGAAAGAAUCCACACGGGGGAGAAGCCCUUCAGGUGCAUGGACUGCGGCAAAAGCUUCAGUCACACCAGUGCCCUUUCUCGUCACGAAAGGACGCACACAGGGGAGAAGCCCUUCAAGUGCACGGACUGUGGAAAGGGUUUCUGUCACGGGGGCAAACUUCGGAUCCACGAAAGGAUCCACACAGGGGAGAAACCGUUUAAAUGUACGGAGUGUGGGAAGGGCUUCAGUAUGACGGGACACCUUGCGAAUCACGAACGGAUCCACACAGGGGAGAAGCCCUUUAAAUGCACGGACUGCGGCAAGAACUUCAAUCAGAACAGCAGCCUUAUGACCCACAAAAGAAUCCACACGGGGGAGAAGCCGUAUCAUUGCCUGGAGUGUGGAAAGAGCUUUAGUCACAACAGUGCCCUUACUCGUCACGAAAGGACCCACACCGGCGAGAAACCUUUCCAGUGCCUGGACUGUGGAAAAAGUUUCAGUCAGAACAGCAGCCUAAUGACCCACAAAAGAAUCCACACGGGGGAGAAGCCAUAUCGUUGUCUGGAGUGUGGAAAGAACUUUAGUCACAACAGUGCCCUUACUCGUCACGAAAGGACCCACACUGGGGAGAAACCUUUCGAGUGCCCGGACUGUGGAAAAAGCUUCAGUCAGAACAGCAGCUUAAUGACCCACAAAAGAAUUCACACGGGGGAGAAGCCUUAUCAGUGUCCGGAGUGUGGAAAGAGCUUCUGUCAGAAUUCUUUACUUGUACUGCAUGAGAGGAUUCACACGGGGGAGAAGCCGUAUGCCUGCCUGGAAUGUGGGAAGAGCUUCUGUCAGAGCGCGGCCCUCAUCACCCACCAGCGCAUUCACACCGGCGAGAAGCCGUAUGCUUGUCUGGAGUGUGGGAAGAGCUUCUGCCAGAAGACCACGCUGGUCCGCCACCAGCGAAUCCACACGGGCGAGAAGCCCUACGCGUGCGGGGAGUGUGGGAAAAGUUUCAGCCAUCGGUCGCAACUGACGUCCCACCUGAGAGUCCACACGGGGGAGAAACCAUACAAGUGUUCGGAAUGCGGGAAAAGUUUCAGCCAGAACACAAACUUGACGUUGCACCAACGAACUCACACCGGGGAGAAACCCUUCCGGUGUCUGGAGUGCGGAAGGAGUUUUAGCCACAGCUCGACUCUAAUGGCCCACCAGAGAACUCACACGGGAGAGAAGCCGUUCACCUGCUUGGACUGCGGGCAGAGUUUUGCCCAAAAUGCCAGCCUUAUUUUCCAUCAAAGGACCCACACGGGGGAAAAACCCUACACGUGUCCGGUCUGCGGUAAAAGUUUUAGCACCAGCACCAGCCUGACUUCGCAUCGCCGGACUCACACGGGCGAGAAGCCCUACACGUGUGCCGAGUGCGGGAAGAGCUUCUGUACGAGUACGAAUCUUGUCACUCAUCAAAGGAUCCACACGGGGGAAAAGCCAUUCAAAUGCUCCGAGUGUGGCGAGAACUUCAGGAAGAAAGCCCAUCUCCUGCGCCACCACCUCACGCACACCGGGGAGAAGCCAUACAAAUGCGUGGAGUGUGGGAAGAGCUUUAGCGAGAAAAGGAACCUUAAUUCACAUCAGAGGAUUCACUCUGAGAAAAACACCUACACCUGUAAGCUGUGUGGAGUGAGCUUCAGAAUGAGGAGUUUGCUUACUUUCCACGGCAGGAUUCACUCGGGGGAGAAACCGUAUCAAUGCAUGGAGUGCGGAAAGAGUUUCAGAUGGACCAGCGAUCUUACAUCUCAUAUUAGGAUCCAUACGGGGGAGAAACCCUACAAAUGCCCGGAGUGCGGAAAGAGCUUCAGCAGGAGCAGUUCCCUUACGUACCACAAAAGGAUCCACACGGGGGAAAAACCGUAUAAAUGCCGGGAGUGCGGGAAGCAUUUCAGUGACUGCAGUGCUCUGUGUUCUCAUAAAAGGAGCCAUUCCUCGGAGAAACCCUAUAAAUGCACCAACUGCGGGAAGAGCUUCGGCAAGAACAGCUUUCUCACGUUGCAUAAGAGGCUCCACACGGGGGAGAAACCCUAUCAAUGCACAGACUGCGGGAAAAGCUUCAGCCAGAGCAGCCACCUCACUUCCCACAAAAGGCUCCACACGGGAGAGAAACCCUAUCAAUGCACAGACUGUGGGAAGCGCUUCAGCCAGAACAGCCAUCUUACUUCCCACAGAAGGCAGCACACGGGAGAAAAACCCUACAAAUGCACCGUGUGCGAAAAGAGCUUCAGCAACAGCAGUUCCCUGACUUCGCAUAAAAGGAGCCACACAGGGGAGAAACCCUAUCGGUGCACGGAGUGUGGGAAGAUCUUCAGCCAGAACAGUCACCUCACUUCCCACAAAAGGCUCCACACGGGAGAGAAACCCUAUCGAUGUGCAGAGUGUGGGAAGAGCUUCAGGUUGAGUAGCGAGCUUACAUCCCACAAAAGGAUCCACACAGGGGAGGAGAUGAGCAACGCCCCCUAG